AGAGUGAAAGGAAUCGUGCAACAGGCACUCUCAAUUUUGGAGUUGUGAUAUUUCCGACAGCAUUUGAAGGCAGCAGUUUAAAGUCCUGCCCAACCAGGAAGAAGAGGAGAACCUGCAGACAACAGCAACACAGUCUUGUCAUUCCACGGGAACCCCCCUUCUUGAAUCACUUUAAUACAGGAACAGGGGUGAAGAGGCCAAGAAACGGGGAACUCCAUCCAUCCCAGGCAACACUAUGGACAGCCAGGAGGUGGGGGAUUUACUGGAGGAGUGCUUCAGAGCAGUGGCAGCAGCUCCGAAGUCCACCCAGCCCACUGAAGCACAGAGGCUGGACUACUGUAGCUGCAGAGACUCGCUGUGUGCAGAGCUGGCCUCUCUCCUGCAGGAGGCGAUGGAGAUGAAGUGGCCCUUUGUGCCGGAGAAGUGGCAGUAUAAGCAGUCAGUCAGUGCCACUGACAAGACCAACCUCAGUGACCUCAUCAGCAAACACCUAUCUCAGCUACUGGCUGUUCUAAAGGCUUCCAUCGCGGCUCGGGAGGCACGCACGGCGCUGGCCGUGGUCUUCCUCGUCGACCGCUUUCUCUACUGGACAGACGAGUCCAGUCGGCUGCUGAAGAUCACCAAGCUGCUCCACAGACGCCACCAUGACACCCCUGUGGCCCCCCAGCUGGUCAUACGACAGGCCAGAGUCUACUUGAACUCUGGCAAACUACAGAAGGCAGAAUACAUACUGAGCAGUCUGAUUAACAAGAGCGGGGCCACAGGCUGUUGGGUGUACCACUCUGAAAGUGACCGGGCUCUUGUCCAGGCUGUUAGUGUUCAAGUACGUGGGAUGGUUUUGCAAAAGCUAGGCCUGUGGCUAGAAGCUGCCGAGCUAAUCUGGGCCUCUCUGGUCGGCUACUACGCACUUCCUCAACCUGAUAAAAAGGGCAUUGGAACCUCUCUUGGCAUACUGGCCAACAUAUUGGUGUCUAUGAAUGAUGAGGACUUCCACGCUUUUAGGACUAAUCCAAAUAAUGAUUUGUCUUUACUUGGGGACAGGAGUCAUCGUCUUCUUUCAGCAGCCCAGGCAGCUAAGAUGGCGGUGGUAUACAGCCAGUACACUUCACUCUAUGUGUUGACCAAUGUGGCAACUCAAGGGACCUGCUUGUUAUCAUACAGUUUCUCAGUGGAGUGCCCUGCCUCUCAAACGCAGUCUUUCCUCCUGCAGGCCAGAGAGGCAUUUGCAAUCGGCCUGCUCACCAAAGCAGAGGGCGAGCUGGUCACCAGCAAGCAGGAGCUUCACACCUUCCUUAAAGCCGCCUAUUCUCUCAACGUCGCUCACAAAUGGCUCGGCACUCCGCAGGAGGUUGUGGCGCAGGCAACUCAAGCUUGCCAAAAAGCUUUAGCACAUUUCUAUGAUUACUGCAAUGCAGAUACUCAAGACAAAGACGGCCUCUGUGCUGAAAUCAUGCAACUGGUCGCUCAAGUCAAACUUCUGUUGCGAGUGGAGCCUUUCGUUAAUUCAGACAAGGGGUCUUUCAUCCCUGACAGCUACAGAAACGUCAAAGACACAUCGGUAAAUUUCACUCUGGAGGGUUUCGCCAAGGUGAUGCAGAGAUUCAAGAAGUAUCAUGCGUCACUGUGCGAGACCACCAGCACAAACUGUAAGGGGACCAAAGACGAGGUAGAUGGGGCGUGUUCUGGCGGGAUAUGUAUUUCUGCACUGGGGACGACCAUUUGUACACUGAACACAGAUUGUAGCACUGAAGCCUGCAAAGUGUCAGAGCCACAACAGAGAGGUUCAGAUUCAUCUGCUGUGCACCCACCUCAAAAGCCUGACAUGUGUCCCACACUAGAAAGUACUGAUAACCUUGGAUCUUCAUGGCAGAACUUCUCCCUGAGCAGUUCAGGGUCUCCAAGGCCCAGCGGCUUCACAGGAAGUAGUGCCGUUGAACGUGAAGCAAAUGCACGUAAUCAGAGCUGUCUGACCACUGAGGUUGAUGAUGAUAGGUCAGACAGCAUGCUACAACCUGCUGAUGAAAACAAGAAGCAAGACUUCCAGAGUCGUAACUCUGGUGUCGGUUCCCAAACAGUCCUGAGAUCUCCAGUACCUGCCACUUCCUCCUCCAAUUCCAGCGGUGAUUCAGAGAAGUUUGAAGUGAUACAAGCUGGAAUAGAAACGCAGGGCACCGAUGAGGCUCAGAUGACCGACGUUGGCGUGACGCUGAAACCGUCGGCGGCCGAGGGAGCAGCGCUAUCCUUAUCCCAGCUGGCUCUCAGGACAACCACCAGCUCGCUCGGUGACAGUUUCGGUUCCCAGUCGUCGUGGGAGAAAAUUUCAGUCGACCUGAUCUCCACCACAAACGGAAAACCUCAGCCAAGCAGCCUGUCAAAAGCAGGAAGCAGCAAGUCACCAGAGUCUGAUGGGAGCUUCUUCCUCUUGGAAACCGUCGAUUCUGAAACCAGUGAUUCAGCUCAUGAUCCCACACACAAAAACCACACAUCUGGAUGGGAGUUCAGACCUCCGGAGAGCCUUAAUGUUGACCCAAAUGAGGACACUGAAGUUGACUCAGUAUCUGUAAACCCUACCAAGAACUCUUCAGCAACCCCACACCCAAACCUGUCCCAGUUUGUCCCAGAACAGUGUGCCUCCACUGAAACCUCCACAAGGAGUUCAUUUGAGAUGCUGGAGGAGCAUCAAAGUGGAGACCAAAACAGUGAAGUUACCUCUUCAGAAAAAGUAAAUGUCCCUCAGAUGAAGAACCCCUUGUGCUACAGCUGCCUCAAGCACAGCAUUGUAGCUGGUGUUGUCCCCGAGAGUCAGUAUUCGUUGUCCCAGCAGGAUUACCAAGCCCUACUGGCUGGGGUUUGCCAUGAAUGUCUGCUGAAGAGACUUCAGAGUGACAAGACAAAAUUCAAACUCAAGGAUCACAGAGCUGCCUACAGUGCUCUUCAUUUAAAGUUCUCCAAGGCCACAGGACUGUGGACAGCCAGGGAGACCUGUGCUUACAUCGGGGAGCUGAUGGGGAUGGAGGGCAAGCAGAGGAUGGCUAUAUGGGUUCAGUUUUUACACCAGGAGGAACGGUUAAGCAGUUAUGUGGGGAAAGAUUACUUGAAGCCAAAGGAGAUCCAGUUUCACCUGAAAGAUGUGGAGAGACAGAUGACAGCCCAGUACUAUGUGACUGAAUUCAACAAGAGUCUUUACGACAAGGAAGUGAUGGCUCAGAUCUUCUUCAUUCCCUCGGAGGCACUAUUGAUUCUGAAUGGAAACGAGAUUGCGGGCUGCGUAACAGUGGAGCCCUACAUGCUUGGAGACUUUGUCAAACUGACCAACAACACUGGAAAGAAGGACGAGAAAUUCCAGGCUACAGAAUAUGGCCUUGCAUUUGGACACUUUACCUACCUGCUCUCUGACUGCCAGGAAGUUGUUGUAGACCUGCAAGGGUGGGUGACAGCCAAUGGCAAAGGGCUGACCUACCUCACUGACCCCCAGAUUCACUCCACCAAGACCCCCAGAUGCCCCUCCAACUUUGCUGCCAGAGGCCUCAGGUACUUCCUGGACGAGCAGCAUGGGCCAGAGUGCAAUGUCAUUUGCCAGCUGCUCAAACUGCCUCCAGUGGUCAGACAGCCUCAUGUUCUGCCUUAGAGUCCUUGAGGUGUUGCCAAUGUGUAGCGUUUAUGUUCCCAGUUAAAGCAGCAGCAGGUAGAAUUGGAGCAAAUAUGAUUAGAAAAAAGUUAUUUUUAUAAAACAGAAUUAC